AUGUACCCACUCCUUCUUCAGUCCAGAACAGACCAGCUCAGGUCAGAUAUCAGAAAUGUAAACACAGUCCAGGACUGAACUGGCCAAGCGUUAAUGCUCUCCAUCCAUCCUGCUUAUCCAGUCUCUGUCAAAGAGGAGCACUCAGAUUGCUGUGAGAAGGGGAAGUGAAGGAGACAGGUCCUUCUUAUGAGGCUGAAAGGGGAGGUCUUCUUCACGUAUGUCCUCACAGAAGUUGUGGACAUGCUGAUAGUCUACAUGUUUCAAAAUCUCUAUCUAGCAUUAAAGGAAAUUGAAAAGUUGUCUGGCCUCAAAACCUGCUAUCGUUUAUUUAGGUAAUAGACAUAAUGCAAUGCAGGAUAAUCACCAUUUCCAAAUGAACGGAUACAUAAGUGUCAGAGUUAAGCUAGCUAAAGAGCUCAUUUUUGUCCUCAAUCCAUAGGUAGGCUAAUUACAGAUUUAGAGUAACGUGUGCGAUUGACUGGUCAUGGUAGUGGUUCAAAGCUAAAUGUACCCUUGGUUUCUGCCCUUCAUUGCUAUCUGUGUUUUUAGGGCACACUGCAAUGAUACCAAGAAUGCACUAGUGGUUUUUCUGGGCAACCUCAGUAUUUGUAGUUUAGUAGAGGAGCCAGAAACUAAGACUUGAUCCGAUGGCAAAACACAUGGAUUAUUCACACGGACUUGGAGGAUAGAGAAUGAAGAGAGAGGGAUGAAAUGAGGACCAAACGAGUAAAAGGGCUGUUUAUGUAGAAUGGAGUUUAUUGGUCCUUAUCAUGUGUGUGCAUGUUGCGUCCUCCUCUGUGUUCAUACAGUAUCUCUAACCACCAACCCCACUGGUGCCUCCCUUAAGUACACACUGCUAUCCCCAAUCAAUAACUAAAAGCAUUGAAGUAAUGGGAGGACACUUGACGACCACUCAAUUUGUGUCUCUGUACAUUUAAUAUCAGUCUAUAGGACAGUGUUGUCAAUGGAGGGGUGUUUUUCUGGUCAGAUUUAGAUGGACUGACGGACUGACAGGCAGGCUGGUAGACAGAGACAGAACAGUCUCAACAGCCAAUUAUUGCAGGAUAUCCAAGGAUAUGCAGUAAGAACAACCACCAGUAUUUCAGUUCUCAAACCAAAGCACCAAUUUUCUCACAAAACUCUUUUCAGACAGGCAGGCAGAAAGGUAGACAGAUAUACAGGCAGGCAGGUAGGCAGGCAAACAUAUUAGAUGUCAUAUCAGAUGCCAUAUGGAUAAACCAAAUAUACCAACCAAGAAAGGAAAAACAAACAAUUUAUCCUGGUUGGUAUGUUGCUGUUUUUCUGUGAUGCCAUCUGGUAUGGUAUCUAAUAACCCGUCUGUCUGUCCGUCACAUUUUUUCUCUGCUCUAAGAAAGUCCUUAUUCCUUAUAUAGUGCACUACAUAGGGCAGGGUUCUUCAAUUCCGGUCCUGGAGGGCCGAAACACUUCUGUUUUUUAUUUCUACCUGGUAGUUAAUUGCACUCACCUGGUGUCCCAGGUCUGAAUUAGCCCCUGAUUAGAAGGAGAGGAUGAAAAACAGAGGUGUUUCGGCCCUCCAGGACCGGAAUUGAAGAACCCUGACAUAGGGAAUAGGGUGCCAUUUGGGAUGCAGACAAAUGCUCUGAGCGCAAUCUCUCCCAGACUGUAGUUUCUCACUUAUAGCAUACAGAGACAGAUAGCCACACUCGUUACAGUCACGCACACAGGCUGCUGAGGGGAGGACGGCUCAUAAUAAUGUCUGGAACGAAGCAAAUGGAAUGGCAUCAAACACAUGGAAACCAUGUGUUUGAUGUAUUUGAUACCCUUCCACUUUUUCCACUCCAGCCAUUACCACAAGCCCAUCCUCCCCAAUUAAAAUGCCACCAACCUCCUGUGGCACACAUAUUCAAACUGUGAAACAAUCAAACUGAAACACAAGCUCUUAUCCGAGUCUCUCUACAUGCAGGCUUAUCCAAAAGUCCCUCUCUUGCAGCGCUGCUUCUGACUGCACACUGACUUUCUCCCCAAGCCAUUCUAUUGUAAACAGACUCCUCAUUAAUGUAUAAAGCCCUUGUUUUCUGUGCCUGCCUUGAAAGGCAAUAAACAGUGCUAGAGGCCCGGUGCCCCUGCUGCAAGAGGCUUUGAUAAGGAACAGCACUUUACACUCCAUGCCCAGGAAAUGCCAGGCUAUGUUAGACAAGCACUUAGCAGAAUCAACCGUUGCACUUUUAUGCUUGUCCUUAGGUGUAUUUGGAGGCUAAGUAUUUUCUAUUAUGCAUUGUUGGUACUCGCACUUAAGGAAUCGUUCUUUAGCGAUAAUGGGGCCUUGUAUUGUUUUAUGGAUGCUCAUCAUAAGGAUCUUUAAUGUUUAAAUGGUUUGCGUACCAUGCCUUUGAUAAAGGCAUUAAGGAGUUCAGGUAGACAGGUCCUUUGAAGUGCAGUGAAACUGGCUGUCCGUCUUUAUUUAAUAAUAUGGAACAGACCAUUCAUUUUAAACAAGAUUAUGUUUCUCUCAGAUCCACAAUGGCCGCCUUGUGUCAUAAGACACACAAUGUCCAUUUUGUGUCAAUGUUGCCCCACAAUGACCACUGUGUCUGUAAAGCUUGACUCGUUUCCUUUUUCCACAAGCUUUCCGCUGCCGUUAAAGACACACCAGGCCCUCCUAGCCGGUUCAAACAGAGCAGUCAUUGUCCAGUCGCAGGAUGUAAAGGGGAGAAAAGAGGUCCAAAGCAGACUUUGAAGAGCCCCAUGUCGGCCUCCUAAUUGUCCCUAGAAUUUCUAAGCAAACAGCGGGAGGCAGGGCUUUCUCCUAUAGAUCUCCAUUUUUAUGGAACAGUCUGCCUACCCAUGUGAGAGACGCAGACUCGGUCUCAACCUUUAAGUCUUUACUGAAGACUUAUCUCUUCAGUAGGUCAUAUGAUUGAGUGUAGUCUGGCCCAGGAGUGUGAAGGUGAACGGAAAGGCUGGAGCAACGAACAGCCCUUGCUGUCUCUGCCAGGCCGGUUCCCCUCUCCACUGGGGUUCUCUGCCUCUAACCCUGUUGCAGGGGCUGAGUCACUGGCUUGCUGGUGCUCUUUCAUGCCGUCCCUGGGAGGGGUGCGUCACUUGAGUGGGUUGAGUUACUGACGUGAUCUUCCUGUCUGGGUUGGCGCCCCCCCCUUGGUUUGUGCUGUGGUGGAGACCUCUGUGGGCUAUACUCGGCCUUGUCUCAGGAUUGUAAGUUGGUGGUUGGGGAUAUCCCUCUAGUGGUGCGGGGGCUGUGCUUUGGCGGAGUGGGUGGGGUUAUAUCCUUCCUGUUUGGCCCUGUCCGGGGGUUUCUUCGGAUGGGGCCACAGUGUCUCCGGACCGCUCCUGUCUCAGCCUCCAGUAUUUAUGCUGCAGUAGUUUAUGUGUCGGGGGGCUGGGGUUAGUUGGUUAUACCUGGAGUACUUCUCCUGUCUUAUCCAGUGUCCUGUGUGAAUUUAAGUAUGCUCUCUCUAAUUCUCUCGUUCUCUCUUUCUCUCUGAGAACCUGAGCCCUAGGACCAUACGUCAGGACUACCGGGCAUGAUGACACCUUGCUGUCCCCAGUCCGCCUGGCCUUGCUGCUAUUCCAGUUUCAACUGUUCUGCCUGCGGCUACGAAACCCCUACCUGUCCCAGACCUGCUGUUUUCAACUCUUAAUGAUCGGCUAUGAAAAGCCAACUGAGAGACCUGAGCCCUAGGACCAUACGUCGGGACUACCGGCCGUGGUGACUCCUUGCUGUCCCCAGUCCGCCUGGCCUUGCUGCCCGGCCAUUUGGGGGCUUGUUGUGGAAGGUGGCGUUCGUGCUCUUCAACCGUGUUCUUGUUUCUCUGUCUCUCUCCGCACAGACAUGUCUUCCAUAAGCUGUGUGUGGACCCCUGGCUGAACGAGCACUGUACCUGCCCCAUGUGUAAACUGAACAUCCUCAAAGCUCUGGGCAUCAUGGUGAGUAUUAGUGUAGUCAAUGUCUCAAUGCCUUAUCAGUGGACAUUUGUUAGAAGUCAGUAUGUCAAUAUUAUCCGGCAACGCCAGUAACGGUUUGGCCUCAGACCUUUUUUUUCUGAUCUGAUCACACACUACUCUUGACCCAAAUAAUGAGAGGAAAAAGAUAGCCUUAUAAGAUAUUAUGUAAACAUGUCUCAAUUUCAUAUGUUUAUGUUGAUUAACAGUAGAAUACAACAGAACAUUUCACAGUCUAUUAAACUGCAUGUGUUGUUUUGUAGAUUAAGACGUUAUUUACCCAGAUUGCCCUUCACAUGCUGCUCCCAGUCAUUGUGACAGAUCUUUAUCCAGGCGAUUGCGUAACCCUCUGUUUAUGCCAACUGUUUAUGACCUCAUCCAUAGCCCUAGUAUGCCCCCUGCUGGCAAGGUAUGGAACUAUUGCUCAGACACCAGAAAUUAGAGUCAUACCAGAACAGACUAAAGUGGUAUCAUUAGAUGAGCUGCUACAAGAGCUACUUGCUCAGAAGUUAGGGUUAAGGUCAGGGUCGUGGUCAAAAUCGGGGUCAGCGAUCAAAAUAUCGAGUUCUUUCUAGCGUGAGCUAACAUUGGCCAAAGUUAAUAUGACACAAAUUGGACUUUAACCACUAGCCAUAACAUUCCCCUAACCCCUGUGUUUUUUUUACUUUACCCUUUAGCCCAACCUGCCGUGCGUGGACAACGCCGGCUUUGACAUGGACCACAGGAUAGGGCGCAGCCAGACGAUGGCCAGCCAGCGGACGGCCCUGGUGGACCUGUCCAGUGAGACGUCCAUCAGCCUGGAGCCCCUGCAACGAGGCCACCCCGGUACCGGACCCCAGAUCCCCUCCGAGAGCGGAGAGCUCACCCCCCGCUCCGGAGAGAUCAACAUCGCCGUCACCAGUAAGCAGCUUCCACCUCAGACACUUUCUUUGCUUCAACUCAAGUUUGGAUUUGAUUUGAAGUUACAUUAUUGAUAUGAAAGGUUAUAAAAUUGUAACAAAAUAGAACAGAAAUUCUCUCUGGUUUUCAUUUAUUCCUCUCUGUUUUUCAACCUUUCGAGUUCAGGCACACUCUUUGACCCACACACCCAUUAAAAGUGUCUCACAAUUUUAUUUGAUCCUGGCAAAUCAGCAUGCAAGCUCCGUUUUUUCAUAGCUCAAAACACUAAGUGAAGGAAUUAACCUUGACAAAAUAAAACUAAAAUGUCUCUGGUUAUGCUAUUUAAAUAAUUAGUGAAGGCAAAACUGACUUUUUUAAACUGAAUAACUAGAGUAGCAAAAUGUUUACUGGAGCUGCAAACCUUUGACAUAUUGACUUGACACACACACACAAAAUACAGUGCUAUGAAAAAGUAUUUGCCCCCUUUCUAAUUUUCUCUACUUUUGCAUAUUUGUGAUACUGAAUGUUAUCAGAUCUUCAACCAAAACCUAAUAUUAGAUAAAGGGAACAUAAGUGAACAAAUAACACAACAAUUACAUAUUAAUUUCAUUUAUUUCAUAAACAAAGUUAUGCAACACCCAAUUCCCCUGUGUGAAAGAGUAAUUGCCCCCUUACACUCAAUAACUGGUUGUGCCACCUUUAGCUGCAAUGACUCCAACCAAAUGCUUCCUGUAGUUGUUGAUCAGUCUCUCACGUCGCUGUGGAGGAAUUUUGGCCCACUCUUCCAUGCAGAACUGCUUUAACUCAGUGACGUGUGGGUUUUCAAGCAUGAACUGCUCGUUUCUGAUAGAGAGCAGAAUUCAUGGUUCCUUCUAUUAAGGCAAGUCAUCCAGGUCCUGAGGCAGCAAAGCAUCCACAAACCAUCACACCACCACCACCAUGCUUGACCUUUGGUAUGAUGUUCUUACUGUGGAAUGCAGAGUUUUCGUUUUCGUUUUAAACUUUGUUUAUGAAAUAAAUGAAAUAAAUAAUGUAAUUGUUGUGUUAUUUGUUCACUUAUGUUCCCUUUAUCUAAUAUUAGGUUUUGGUUGAAGAUCUGAUAACAUUCAUUAUCACAAAUAUGCAAAAGUAGAGAAAAUUAGAAAGGGGGCAAAUACUUUUUCAUAGCACUGUAUAUAUCCGAAAUCCCUCCCUGCCCCUCCAUACCUCACUUCAUCCCCUCUUUUGACACACACACACACACACACACACACACACACACACACACACACACACACACACACACACACACACACACACACACACACACACACACACACACUUACACACACACACACACACACACACACACACCAGAGACUUGUCUCUUGUAGGUCACUCACCCCCCUCUGACUCUCGCAGCCACUGUCUGUUUAAUCCAUAAUCCCUAUCCCAUCCUAAUCCUAACCCCAACCAUGAGAAGGCAAAAAGCACAACUGGCGAAAAGCCAUUCUUGAAAAAUAAGAACAUGCACUGCAGUUAUUACGACAACUACUUCUAUACUGUUCUUUCACUUAUAGCUAGUAAUUGUAAUUCAGUAAUGCAUACAACACUUUGAAUGAAUAGCUAAUCAGUGUGAAUAGUUCAACAUCUGAAUAAUAGAGUGAGUAAGAGUUGUUAUAUAACUCUUAGUACCUAAAUCUGUUUCAGGAUAGGCCUACUUCCAUAAAUGAAUCAAAGUCAUUCUUAUCUAAAUCCACCCAAUUUAUGCUGUUUGAUAAUGUGACUCAAUUUCCUCUAAUUUCUGGUAAACCUUAAAAGGCUCAUGUAGUAUAUGCCUGCUCUCUUUCAAUUUGUACAGUUCCACUGACUUUACAUCAGUACUAUACACUGAGUAUACAAAACAUUAUGAUCCCUUAUUGAUGUCACUUGUUAAAUCCACUUCAAUCAGUGUAGAUGAAGGGGAGGAGACAGGUUAAACAAGGAUUUUUAAGCCUGGAGACAAUUGAGACAGAUUGUGUAUGUGUGCCAUUCAGAGGGUGAAUAAGAAAGACAAAGGAUUUAAGUGCCUUUGAACGGGGUAUGGUGGUAAGAGCCAGGCGCACUGGUUUGUGUCAAGAACUGCAACGCUGCUGGGUUUUUCACGCUCAACAGUUUCCCGUGUGUAUCAAGAAUGGUCCACAACCCAAAGGACAUCCAGCCAACUUGAUACAACUGUGGGGAAGCAUUGGCGUCAGCAUGGGCCAGCAUCUCUGUGGAACGCUUUCAACACCUUCUAGAGUCCAUGCCCUGACAAAUUGAGGCUGUUCUGUUCUGAGGGCAAAGGGGGGGGGGGGUGCAACUCUAUAUUAGGAAGGUGUUCCUAAUGUUUGGUAUACUCAGUGUACAUGCAUUGUAGAGAUACAUGUAGGCCUACAUACACAUCUGUUUCUCUUUCUGUCGCAGUUGGUGUGUGCUGUGUGGGUGCCUCUGGAUACAUGUGUGUCUGUCUGUCUGUGUAUGUGCACAUGUGUAUAACACUCUGUCUUUAAACUACGCCCGUGCUUCCAGGUCUCUAUCUCCUGUCUUCAAGCUCAUCCUGCCUCUCUCCUCUGUCGCUCUCCUCCUCUGGAUCUUAAGGACGCACCUUUCUUCAUCUUCUCGUCUCUUCAUCCUCCUGACUUUUCCGCCUCACAUUGGUUUUCAAAGAGAGGAAAGAUCUUUUGUGUUUUCCUGUGGGGACUCGUCGGUUUUUAACCCAUUGCAUGGUGGGCUGCAGUGACCCCCCCCCCCUUUCCUUCUAUUGACAGAGGAGUGGUUUAUAAUCGCCAGCUUCGGCCUUCUCAGCGCUCUCACAUUGUUCUAUAUGAUCAUCAAGGCCACUGCCAGCUUCUCCAGCCCUGAGUGAGUACCACCAUCCACUUCCAUAGUUAAACCAUUCUACUACUGGAUUCAAUUGUACUUUCAAUCAAGAUUUGGUUUCAUAUAGUCUUGAACUGGGGAUAGUCCUGAUGGCUUUGUCACAGAAUAUUGUUGUCUAUUUCAUUUCUAUUUAACUAAACCAGCAUCCAGGACUAUACUCCUGGAUUUGUGGAUAUCUGAAAUUGUCUCAACUCUGACUACUUUGAACCAUUGCCAUACAAUGGAGUUUGAAUACAGUCCAGACAGAUGCAAAACAGUCUGAGAUUAUUAUUCAGAUGUGGCAAACUUCCAUUUUCAUUAAUUUACUCAACUUUGAUCGCAGCUAACAUGAAUCGAAAAAUACUUUAACAGCACAAUUGUAACAUAGUGUAUAUUUGUACUCUCGUCAAGUACAGUUGACAUGGGUACUGGCAUGUAUCUAAUACAUUUGCAGUUAGAGAGUAAAAAAAGUAAUGAAAUAUUGGAUUGUACAUGUCUGCACAUCAAUUAACGGAGACAGUGUGAGUACUGUUUCACAAUAUUGCCCAAUAAAGUAGCACUAGAUCAGAACAACCAUUUACGGAAGCCACAGCCUCCAUCCAUCCCCUCUACUAAAAAAACUGCAAAUGUGUUAGAGCCUUACACAAGAGAAAAAUAUUUUUUAUGUUCAGAUCAAUUACAUUUCCCUUCUCUGAUCCUACUUGCAUGCCAUUUCUUUGUUCUGCUACUUUAUUUUCUAAAUGUCAUUUAUCUUCCAGCCUGGAGUGGGAGGAGUGAAGACGCCCCUCUAGACCCUUUCUCUGCCGGAGCCUCAUGGCAAUGUUGCCUUCUUGUGCCAUAUUCUUCUGUAUUGUAUUUCUAAGCUUGUACUACUGUACCUUCCUGUAUCGUUAGUUGUCAUUUUUGUUGUUGUAAUAGGGCAAAGCGCUAUGAGACAUUAAACCACUGUGGAUCCCUCCUUUUGACUUGUUAUGUGACUGUGAGAGUGUUGUAUUUGUUUUCCUACAUUAUCAGGACCACAAUGUCCUGAACUUGUUCAAAUGCUAUUUUAAGCUGAAGGGUUAGGUUUUGGGUUUUGGGGUUAGGUUUUGGGUUAAGUUUAAGGGGUUAGGGAAAAUAGGAUUUUUAAUGGUCAAACUUUUUUACACUCCAAAAAGUCCUGAAAUUUCACAAAAACAAAGCUGUGUGUGUGUUUGUGUGAGUGUGCGUGUGUUACUAUAUUUAUUGAAAGACACCCAUUAUUCUUGUGCACCUAAACCAGACAGACACACACACACCUCCCUACAGAAAGUUGAAGUUUAAUGUUCUUCUGUGCUCAUAUGUGACCAUGACUGAGUGUACAAAACAUUUGGAAGACCUUAAUAUUGAGUUGCACCCCCUUUUACCCUCAGAACAGCCUCAAUUCGUUAGGGCAUGGACUCUACAAGGUGUCGAAAGCAUUCCACAGGUAUGCUGGCCCAUGUUGACGCCAAUGCUUCCCACAGUUGUGUCAAAUUGGCUGGAUGUCCUUUGGGUUGUGGACCAUUCAUGAUACACAUGGGAAACUGUUGAGCGUGAAAAACCCAGCAGUGUUGCAGUUCUUGACACACUCAAGCUGGUGUGCCUGGCACCUACUACCAUACCCCCCAUUCAAAGCACUUACAUAUUUUGUCUUGUCCAUUCACCCUCUGAAUGGCACACAUACAGAAUCCAUGUCUCAAUUGUCUCAAGGCUUAAAAAUCCUUCUUUAACCUGUCUCCUCCCCUUUAUCUACACUGAUUUGAAGUGGAUUUAACAAGUGACAUCAAUAAGGGAUGAUAGCUUUCACUGGUCAGUCUAUGUCAUGGAAAUAACUUGUGUUCCUAAUGUUUUGUACGUUGUGUAUAUUUGGCAGUAAUGCAAUACUAUCCCCAGAAGAUGGCACUAUUUCUUAGCUAUUACAUUACAUGUCUAACCUCACACAUCAGAAUCGUCAGGCCACAAACCUUCACAUAACACUGCUUAGAUCUUAUUGAGGUAUGAAUGAUAUUGAUGAUUACUAUGAUUCAAAAGGUGGUCCAGGUGAUCUUCCAUGUAUCGCUCUCUUGACUUGAGGUUGUAUAGCAGUUUGAGGAUCAUUGAGGAUUCACAAUGUCACGGUUUGACCUCAGCAUGUCACACACUCACACUUUUACUCAACUGCAAAUGUCCAUGAUGGUGUCCAAUCCCAGUGACUCCUGUAAUGAGGUUUACAGAUGCUAAAGAUGAAAUGAUCAAGUAUGAAUAACUAUACAUUUUUAUUUGUUGUUUGUUUAUGGUGCUAGGCAUCAGCUUUUCUAGAUACACUACAUGGCCAAAAGCAUGUGGACACCUGUUCGUCGAACAUCUCAUUGCAAAAUAAUGGGCAUUAAUAUGGAGUUGGUCCCCCCUUUGUUGCUAUAACAGCCUCCACUCUUCUGGGAAGGCUUUCCACUAGAUGUUGGAACAUUGCUGCGGGGACUUGCUUCCAUUCAGCCACAAGAGUAUUAGUGAGGUCAGGCACUGAUGUUGGGCGAUUAGGCCUGGCUCGCAGUCUGCGUUCUAAUUCAUCCCAAAGGUGUUCAACGGGGUUGAGGUAAGGGCUCUGUGCAGGUCAGUCAAGUUCUUCCACACUGAUCUCGACAAACCAUUUCUGUAUGGACCUCUCUUUGUGCACAGGGGGCAUUGUCAUGCUGAAAAAGGAAAGGGCCUUCUCCAAACUGUUGCCACAAAGUUGGAAGCACAGAUUCGUCUACAAUGUCAUUGUAUGCUGUAGCGUUAAUAUUUCCCUUCACUGGAACUAAGGUGCCUAGCCCGAACCAUGAAAAACAGCCCCAUACCAUUAUUCCUCCUCCAAACUUUACAGUUGGCAUUAUGCAUUCGGGCAAGUAGCGUUCUCCUGGCAUCCGCCAAACCCAGAUUAGUCCGUCGCACUGCCAGAUGUGGAAGCGUGAUUCAUCACUCCAGAGAAUGCGUUUCCACUGCUCCAGAUUCCAAUUGCGGCGAGCUUUACACCACUCCAGCCGACGCUUGGCAAUGCGCAUGGUGAUUUUAGGCUUGUGUGCGGCUGCUCGGUCAUGGAAACCCAUUUCAUGAAGCUCCCGGCUAACAGUUAUUGUGCUGACGUUGCUUCCAUAGGCAGUUUGGAACUGUAGUGAGUGUUGCAACCGAGGACAGACGAUUUUUGAGUGCUACGCAUUUCAGCACUCAGCGGUCCCGUUCUGUGAACUUGUGUGGCCUACCACUUCGCGGCUGAGCCAUUGUUGCUCCUAGACGUUUCCACUUCACAAUAACAGCACUUACAGUUGACCGGGGCAGCUCUAGCAGGGAAGAAAUCUGACGAACUGACUUGCUGGAAAGGUGGCAUCCUAUGACAGUGUCAUGUUGAAAGUCACUGAGCUCUUCAGUAUAGGCCAUUCUACUGCCUAUGUUUGUCUAUGGAGAUUGCAUGAAUGUGUGCUGGAUUAUAUACACCUGUCAGCAAUGGGUGUGGCUGAAUCCACUAAUUUGAAGGGUUGUCCACGUACUUUUGGCCAUGUAGUGUAAGUAUCUUACUGGCAGAUGAUAUGUAAUAUUUCUUGGUGUCACUGACAUUGACAUUUUCCCAUGUUCCUUUGCAGGUGGCCACUUCUUCAACCGGAACUCCCUGUCCCCGCGCAGUGUGGUCUGUGAGAUGGAGCUUCCCGACAUCCAGGCAUCGCUCGACCUCUACGAUGACAACAAGUCGUGA